CAGUCACCGCCCCACUGCAGCCCAACAGCAGCCGCCGCCAUGAGGAGUUGUCGGGCCGCCCGCCACUUCCGGCGCAGACUCGCUGUACCCACCACUUCCGGCGCCUGAGCACGUGACCCUCGGUCCCUCCCCUCUCUGCCCACUCCCCCUGCGGGAGCCGAGUCGCUGCGAGCAGACCUGGGCUGGAGCGGCCCCCCAGCUCGGUGGGGAGUCCGUCCGAGCCGGGCGGCGGAGUGCGGCGCCGUUGAGGGCGCUGCCCAGCACGCUCCCAGGCCGCCCGGGCCCUGGGCUCUUGGAAGAAUCAGCGCCCGGGGCCGAAGAGCGGGGACAGGCGGGCGCUGCCGGAGCGCGAGCCCGACGUCGUGUCUGGAGCGGUAGUGACUGGGGCUUGGGCGCCGCCAGCCCGGGCGGAGAUCCGCGUUUACCUAGCGCGGGGCCCAGGGCCCUGACGCGGGCGAGGCGGCCCCGAGAGCAUGAGCGGGCAGCGCGUGGACGUCAAGGUGGUUAUGCUGGGCAAGGAGUACGUGGGCAAGACGAGUCUGGUGGAGCGAUACGUGCACGACCGCUUCCUGGUGGGGCCCUAUCAGAACACCAUCGGAGCCGCCUUCGUGGCCAAGGUGAUGUCUGUUGGAGACCGGACAGUGACUUUGGGUAUUUGGGACACAGCAGGCUCUGAGCGCUACGAGGCUAUGAGUCGAAUCUACUAUCGAGGUGCCAAGGCUGCCAUCGUCUGCUAUGACCUCACAGACAGCAGCAGCUUUGAGCGGGCAAAGUUCUGGGUGAAGGAACUGCGAAACCUAGAGGAGGGCUGUCAGAUCUACCUGUGUGGCACCAAGAGUGACCUGCUGGAGGAGGACAGGCGGCGUCGACGUGUGGACUUCCAUGAUGUCCAGGACUAUGCAGACAAUAUCAAAGCUCAGCUCUUUGAAACAUCCAGCAAGACAGGCCAGAGUGUGGACGAGCUCUUCCAGAAAGUGGCAGAGGAUUACGUCAGUGUGGCCGCCUUCCAGGUGAUGACAGGGGAAGCUGCCUGGACCAGACUUCCUGCCAGUGUUCUCACAGGUGACCUGGGAGUCCAGCUCCAGUGAGUAGAUGCUGCCAAACCUGUGAAGAAUCACUGAUGCACUUCAUGCCCUGACUGUGGUGUGGGGUAGAGGAUAUGAAGAAUACAAUUAUUUUCUUCAAUGCCAAAGAUGUAGGUUUGGUAGUUGUUCAGAAGAGGAUCAACAUAGUGAUUUAAAUCACCUCAAACUCAGUAACUUUAGGGAGACACAGACAUUUAAAAACUUGGAUGCUUUUGUAGCAAUGAGAGCUAUUUGCUAUCACAAUGGGUUGGCUUCAGUAGGAGAAGCAAAGAGGCUUUGAAUUUAAACAGUAUAUAUAUAUAUUUUUUCCUGACUUAACAGGGCUAGGAGAGGUAUUUGUUCUCUAGCUACCUAUGGAAGCUAUGGCUUCCCCCUGGAAAAGGCUUCCUGGGAAAGUGGCUUAGAGGCAUAUUCUCGAGAUCCCGGUUUCCAAGCACUUGGCCAAAUACCAAAAAUACCAUCCUGCAUAAAGAUCAGGAAUGUCUAAGAGAAAAGAUUACCUUUUAAUUUCCAACUCGCAAUCCUUGGAGAAAAGGUCUUAGCACAGGCUCCAGGAGAGUCCUCAAGGGUAGUCACUCCCUCCCAGCAUCAUGCAAUAUCAGUUCCCAACAGUCCUGAUUGUGCUUCUAAUUGUAUAGUGACUGCUUUCAUGAUUGGAUGUUAAUAAUCUAGAAUGAGAUGCUGAGAUCAGGGGGCCUCACAGUUGAAUUUCUAGGUUCCAUUCAAGCUGAGAGUCUUUCCAAAUGGCACCCAGGAAAGCCUGGCACUCCAUCCAUUUAGAUAAAGAACUGCCUCCUACCCCGUAAACCAAGCAUAGCUCAAUUGUUUUCCCAGGCAGGUCUGGAAGGAAGUAUUCAGUGAGUGGUGGAAAACGGAAA